AUGGAAGGAGGCACUGGGCUGCAGCCCCAGGCGGGAGAGCAACUGGAAGCCAACGCCAGAGUAGGAGCGGUCCAAGAGAAGUGCGAACCCGAGACCUUUAGGUCCAAGAGUUUACCCGCCCUGAACAGCGCCUCCUGCAGGCCAGACCUGAAUCCCGCCGGAGAAGACUCCAAGCCCGCCUCCGGCCAUCAGGAGUUGAAGCCAGGCCCUGGCCCGCGGGCCCCCAGCCCCUCCGCCCCGUCUACUUCGGCAGAGACGGCAGGGCUGGUGGAAAGUCACCACAGGGUGGAAAUCGGCAAACCCAUUUCGGUGUCCUCCACUUUGGCCAUGCUCCAGGGCAGAAGGUGCCUCUAUGUGGUCCUCACCGAUUCCCGUUGUUUCCUGGUUUGCAUGUGCUUUCUGACCUUCAUCCAGGCGUUAAUGGUCUCCGGGUACCUGAGCAGUGUCAUCACCACCAUCGAAAGGCGCUACAGCCUGAAGAGUUCCGAGUCGGGGCUGCUGGUCAGCUGCUUUGACAUCGGGAGCCUGGUGGUGGUAGUGUUCGUCAGCUACUUUGGCGGCCGGGGGCGGCGGCCCCUGUGGCUGGCCGUGGGGGGACUCCUCAUCGCCCUGGGGGCCGCCCUCUUCGCUUUACCUCACUUCAUCUCGCCCCCCUACCAGAUCCAAGAGCUGAACGCCUCGGCGUCCAACUACGGCCUGUGUCAGAAUGGCAACUCCUCGGCCACGGCGGAGCCUCCCACCUGCCUCAAGGACUCGGGGGGAAACAGUCACUGGGUCUACGUGGCUUUAUUCGUUUGCGCACAGAUUCUCAUUGGAAUGGGCUCCACACCUAUUUAUACCCUGGGACCAACCUACUUAGACGACAAUGUCAAGAAAGAAAACGCAUCCUUGUACCUAGCCAUCAUGUAUGUCAUGGGAGCACUUGGUCCUGCAGUGGGAUAUUUAUUAGGUGGACUUCUUAUUGGUUUUUACGUUGAUCCCAGAAGUCCCGUUCACCUUAAUCAGGAUGACCCUCGUUUCAUUGGAAACUGGUGGAGUGGAUUCCUCCUUUGUGCCAUUGCAAUGUUUCUUGUGAUAUUCCCAAUGUUUACUUUUCCAAAAAAGCUUCCUCCUCGACACAAGAAAAAGAGAAAGAAAAAAUACUCUCCUGAUGUUGCUGGUGAUGAUGACGUUAUGAAGGAGAAACCAAACAAUUGUGAAGAAGUGGACAAAAAAGUUUCUUCUAUAGGAUUUGGAAAGGAUGUCAGAGACCUACCAAGAGCAGCUGUCAGGAUCUUAAGCAACAUGACAUUCCUUUUUGUGAGUUUGUCAUACACAGCUGAGAGUGCCAUUGUAACUGCUUUCAUUACCUUCAUUCCCAAGUUCAUCGAGUCACAGUUUGGUAUUCCAGCUUCCAAUGCCAGCAUCUACACUGGUGUCAUCAUUGUCCCCAGUGCCGGUGUUGGGAUUGUCCUUGGAGGCUACAUCAUAAAAAAAUUGAAACUUGGUGCAAGAGAAUCUGCAAAACUAGCGAUGAUCUGCAGUGGUGUGUCUUUACUGUGCUUUUCAACCCUGUUUAUUGUUGGAUGUGAAAGUAUCAAUCUAGGUGGCAUAAACAUCCCGUAUACAACAGGACCUUCUCUGACCAUGCCUCACAGGAAUCUGACAGGAAGCUGCAAUGUGAAUUGUGGUUGUAAAAUACACGAGUAUGAGCCAGUCUGUGGAUCGGAUGGCAUUACAUACUUUAACCCUUGUCUGGCUGGCUGUGUUAAUAGUGGUAACAUGAGCACUGGGAUACGGAAUUACACAGAGUGCACCUGCGUCCAAAGCCGCCAAGUGAUCACGCCCCCCACAGUGGGGCAGCGCAGCCAGCUCCGCGUGGUCAUCGUCAAGACGUAUCUCAAUGAGAACGGCUAUGCUGUGUCUGGGAAGUGUAAACGGAGCUGUAACACCCUCAUCCCGUUCUUAGUUUUCCUGUUCAUAGUGACCUUCAUCACAGCAUGUGCCCAGCCAUCAGCCAUCAUAGUCACUCUCAGCAUACAUUCCUACUCCAAUUUACUUUGGAGCAGUUAUUGA